AUGAAUCGUGUUCACGAACCCCCUUCGAGAAACCCCUUUUCAGGCGCCGUGGAGAUGACAGAAACUAGAAACAUCCCCGUGCUUUCGGCAUCCAUCUCGCCUUCCGAUCAUCCGGCCGGUGACCCUAUGGAUGUUAGCCCUCCCGCUUCUGCCGCCAUGGGCCCGCCAUCGCAGAGUAGCCCCGAGAUUGACCAGGGACAUACAAAUGGGAACACUUUGGAAGUAGGCAAUGCUCAGAAUGCGACCUCGACGCAGCCCACUGGAGCUGCUGCGGCUGCACAGCAGCCAAAGGUUGUGCAAACAGCCUUCAUUCAUAAGCUGUAUAGUAUGCUUCAAGAUUCGAGCAUUCAACAUUUGAUCUCCUGGUCAAGCUCCAACGAAAGCUUCGUUAUGUCUCCUUCAUCUGAUUUUUCGAAAGUUUUGGCCCAAUAUUUCAAGCACACGAAUAUCUCUUCUUUCGUCCGACAAUUAAAUAUGUAUGGAUUUCACAAAGUGAGCGAUGUAUUCCACACUGGUUCGCCAGACUCCCCCAUGUGGGAGUUUCGGCAUGGGAAUGGAAAUUUCAGAAAAGGAGAUCUCUCAGGGUUACGCGAAAUCAAGCGACGCGCGUCGAGGCAUGCGCUGAUUCACCGGGAUUCGUUCUCUGUUCACAAGAACAACGCUUCUCAGCCUGGGACCCCCGCUGAGCCCGCUCCUGAGGCUCCCGACAACAGAAUGAUCAACUUAGAACACUCGCUUUAUGAAGUCCAUUCGCGAUUAUCUCGAAUGGAAGACCAGCACGCUCUACUGAAUUCAAGGUGCCAAGCGCUCACAGAUAGCCUAAUCCGGUGUCACCAAUGGGCGAACUCGAUGUCUCACUUCAUGAUUUCACUGGUCCCUGACCCGGAAAAUGCAAUACAUCGUGAUGCUGCCAACAUGCAACGUGAAGUAGCGAGACAACUUGACGCUAUCCGUGCGUUAGAGUCUCCAACCGAGCUGUUUGUGUCUGGGCGACAGCCUUACUUCGCCAACUUGACCGUUGACACUGGAGCACCACUGUCACCCCGGCAAGUUGGCCAGGAUUCGCGGAGAACCUCGAUUGCGCGCCCACCAAUGCCACCUCACAUAUCGGUCUCACCUCACCGCUUUGGAUCUGUCAGCGGCGCAAAUACCGGCGGUUCUGGAUUUAGCCGACCCCCUCCUGCGCCACAGCAGCCUGCGCCACAUCCUCUCUCAAUAUCUUCGCCACCGGGCCCUAAUCUUGGCAGGCGUCACACCUCGGCGGAUAUUCGCCAGCACGGCUGGCCGGGCUCGGGCAUAUCUCCUUUUUCUGCUGGGGCAAAUUCCUCUCAGUGGCCGCCCUCGCCUCAGAGAGUACCUACAAUAACCGACCAACAGGUUCAAGACGUGCUCUCAAGGUAUGAAAUGGGGAAGCCACGCCAGCCACCAGAUACAAGACAGCCUACCCCUCCGUUAUCGCUCGACCCGGCACAAGCUUCAGAAGGUGGCUGGGCUAUUGGAGGCCCUAAAUUUCUUCGCCCCACUGAAUCACUCCCCGCCACUCGACGCUCAAGCAUGGCCAGUAACGUGCAUUCUUUACUCAACCCCGCAGAGACGCGAGAGCGUGCCGAAGAAGAAGAUGCUGCAAUGAGUGAAGAUCGCAAACGGAAACGGCUUCAGUGA